AUGUUAAACACAAAAUCUUUUAAUAAUCAUGAAUUUAUUAUAAGUUCACCAUCAAAUAUUUCACAAAGUACAAUAUCAUUAAUAAAUAAUAGUUCAUUAAUUGGUAAUUUAACAACAAAUGAAGUUUUAUUAGUUGGAAUUAAUCCAAUUAAAUGUAGUAAACCAUUCAACAAUGAAUUUGAAAUUAAUCAAGAUAUGAAUAAAAAAUUGGAAAUGUUAGUUGAAAAAAAAGAUUUUAAGAAAAUUAAAUCAAUGAUUGUAAAAGGUGAAAGAUUUUACGUAACUCAAGAACUUUACAUACCAAUUCUAUUGUUUUGUCAUGACAAUGAUUUCUAUGAAAAACUUUUUAGAUAUGGGUUAUUAUUCGAUACCAAUUUAAUCAAAUUAUCAGUUUUAAUCAAUGAACCAACAUCAUUGGAUUUAAUGAUAAAUGUAUUUGCAAAUGGUUGGAAUAAUCAUAGAAAUGUUGGUUUUGAAUUUUAUAAAAACAUUCUAAGGUUCGCAAUUGAGAAUAAUACAACACAAACACCAACUAAUAGAAUCAUAACAUUCAUGGCAAAGAAAGUAAACAAAACCGAUGUGGCAUUCAUCAUUGCAAAUUUUAUUAAACAACAAUUUGAUGAAUAUGAAACCAAUCAAUUCAAAGAUAGAAUCAAUCAAAAUAAAAUUAUUUCAUCAUGUGAUUACAUUAAUUCAUUACAUCUAAGAGUAAAUGUAUUGGAGGACCUUAUAAAUGAAAAUUUUGAAAAGUUAACAAAACUCCAUUACCUUCAAUCAAACUCAAACUCAAACUCAACAACAUCAAAAUUGAAAAAGUCUCAACUUCAUGAUAUUGACGAAUAUGAAUAUUAUGAAAGUUUAUUAAUUAAAAGGGAAAUUGAAAUUUGUGCAGCCAUUGAAACUGAAAAAUUUGAAAGAUCAAAAAUAUUUGGAAUACAAACCGACUAUAGUUUAUCAAAAAGAAUUGAAGGUUUCAUUUGGGAAUACUUUGAAUUGACUAUGGAGAAGGCAAUUAAAGAUAUGUCAAAGAAGAUCUCUGCAAGUAGAAUUCCAUUUGUUAAUAGCCAUUACUCUGAUUGUAAACUUUAUCCAAAAUUUCAUUUACUAGGUUACCUUAAACCUGAACAUAGAAUCAUCUUUGAAAAGUAUGAUUACUAUAAUGAUGGUGAAUAUGGUAAAAUCAAUACCUACAAAAGAUUCAAUCUUUUAGAUGAAAACAAUUAUGACAUUUCAAUAUUAAAAAAUCAAUUAAUCAUUGAAAGUUAUAAACUAAAUGUAUUUGGUAAUGUUAAAAAUUUCAUUAGUAACAAUACCUCAUUUAAAAAUUCAAAUACAGGUUUUGAAUAUUAUGAAUGGUCUGAUAUUUAUCAAUACACUAGAGAAACUAAAAUUGGUUGUUUAAAUUAUUCAAAUAUUUUAUUUAAUGAUAAUUAUUUUUUAAUUAAAGUUGAAGAUAUUUAUUGUUUUGAAGAAUAUAAUAAAAAGAAAAAGAAGAAUAAUAUAAAUAAUAAUAAUAAUAAUUAUAAUAAAAAUAAUAAUAAUUAUAAUGGUUUUGAAUUUACAAAUGAAAAAGAAAUUGAAUCUUUUGAAAUUCAAGAAAGUAUUAAUGGUAUGAGUCCAUAUGCAUUUAAACAAUUAAGAGCAAAAAAAGUUAAACAAAUUACACCUCCAAUAAUAUUAUCAAAAGAAGAAAUUGAAAAUCAAUUAUUAAAGGAAAAGGAAUUUGAAAAACAAUUGAUUGAAGAGAAAAAGAUUGAAAAAACAAUACAAAAGAAUAAAAAGAAAUUGGAAUUGGUUAAACAGAAACAAGCUGAAACCGAUUCACAAAACAAAUUAGAUAAAAAGAAUGAACAAGAACUUGAAAAGAAACAAAAAGAAUUAGAUUUUGAAAAAGAGAAAAAACAAUUUGAAAACCAACAAAAGCAAAAACAAAAAAAUAAAUUAAAACAAAAACAACAACAAAAACAAAAGAAUUUACAAUUAAGAGUUUCACAUCCUAAUUGUCCAGCUUCAACAUUAUCAGUACCAUUUUCAUCUUCUUCCUCUUCCUCCUCCUCUUCUUCCUCUUCUUCAUUAGCAUCAUCCUCAUCAUCAUUAAUAACUUCAAAUGUUUCAUUAUCUUUAUCACCUUCCUCAUUAGCAUUAUCAUCAUCAACCUCAUCAACCUCAUCAAUAAUAUCCUCAUCCUCUUCUUCACCAUGUCAAAAUUCAACGGCUUUAGAAUAUCCAUUUAUAUCCUCCCCCUCAAUUGAUUCAACAACAUCCAACACUUUACCAAAUAAUAAUAAUAAUUUUAAUAAUAAUAAUUUUAAUAAUAUUAAUAAUUUCAAUAAUUUUAAUAAUUUUAAUAAUAUCAAUAAUAUUAAUAAUAUUAAUAUUUAUAUUAAUAAUAUUGAUAUUAAUAAUAGUAAUUAUAAUAGUAAUUAUAAUUCUAAACCAAACAAAAUUACAAAUAAUAUUAAUAUUUAUGUUGAUGAAGCAUCAUUAAAGUAUUAUCAAUUAAAUUUCUUUAAAAUUGAAAAUGAUGAUGAUAUUGAUCCAAAUAUUCAACAUGAAAUUGAUAUAAAAGUAAAUAGUUUAGUUGAAGAUGAUGAUGAUUGUGAAAGUGAAGAUGAAACAAUAGAUAAUUAUACACAUAAUAUCAACAACAACAACAAUACUAAUAAUAACAACAAUAGCUACUUUCAAACUAUUUAUUAA